GUCGAAUAUCAAAUCACAGAUAUCAAAAUGAAGUUAUGCCUCGUAAUAAUCAAUCAGGUGACAUAAUAAUUGUAUUGUGAGUAUAACUUGUGCAGUUGCCAAUGUUAAGCUCGGCAAUGGAUAUUGAAUCCAAAAAGGAUAUUGAAUCGUCAUCUGAUUUCUGGUGUUCUACUGUGGAUAAAGAAAGAGAAGUGGAAGUUCUCCAUAUGAAAAUAGAUAUAGAUGCAAAGAAUCAUGAAAGAGAAAAGGAAAGCAUACACAGAGAAAAAGAUGGACAUAUUGAAAAACUUAAAUCGGAAAACGAUAAUUUAAAAGAAGAGAUGGGGAGCAUAACUGACAAAAUAAAACAGUUAGAUUUGGCUAACAGUAGAAAAGAUAAAGAGAUUGAGGACAGUAAAAUGCGUGAAAAAGAAUUAAAGAAGGACAUUCAAAGAUUAGAAAAAGAGUCCAUCGUACAAAAAUUACAGAAAAAAGAAAUCAAACGUCUAAAGGAUGAAUUAGCGCAAGUUCGUCUUGACUUGCAGCAAAUGAAAUUGGAGAAGGACGAAGUACAAGUUAUGCUAAAAACACAUAUUGAAGAGCAAAAAACUCGCGACACUAAAAUGAUGGAGAGCUUAAAAAUGCAACAAAGGGAAGAAUUAAAAGAUCUUAGAAAAGGUCUUGAAAGUGAAUUCAAGGAACUUCGAAAAGGUUUGGUCAAUGAGGUUGUUGCUGGGGUUGCAGCUGCAAUAAAAAAUCCUGGAAGUGACAACAGACCGAAAUCAAAAAUGGAGCAAUGCAAACCAACAGCAUUCGAUCCAAAAAUUUAAGAUUAAUAAGGAACACUAUUCGAACAGCAAUAUUAAAAUAAUAAUAUGUUUAAGGUUUUGAUAUAUUUUAUAAUUCAAAUAUCGCUUUCCCGCAAAAGUUAUAUAAAAAUAAGAUGAAAAGUGUUUUUGAAAUAGAAAAAUUACAUUAUAACUAUUUUUGAAUCUUUUAUAUUUCUUAUCUGUAUUACAAUUGUAUUAUGAUUUUCUUUGCUUUCAAAACUAUGUUUGUUUUAAAUAUAUAAACUCAAGGUUACAUUUAACAUUUACCUUUGCCACCCGUUGAUUGCCACUUUAUCUAAGAGAAAACUUUGAUUUUAAAUAUGCGUGAAGUAAAUAAAUAUGUCUAAUAUUAAUUAUAUAACAAUUUUGAUAUAAAUGAAUGAAACAAACAAAUAUGGCAGUUUACAAGAAAUAAUUUUCUCUACAAUAAAUAAUCACUGUUGUUAUAAAAAUAAUAUAAAUGUCAUGGCCAUAUAUGUGAUUAAUAAAGAUGUAUUUGAGCAUAUUGGAGUACAAACAUGGAAACUAUAUGAAGAAACGUGUGUUGUUGUUCAUACACACUUUUCGUUACUAGAUUAGGAAAUUACCCAUCAAGGUAAAUACAAAAUUAAACGAAUUCCAUGAUGAUGCUUUGAUAAUAUCAACGUCCACUGCUAUGUUUCAACCGAGUUACGAAUCACAUGUAUUCAAAAUGUCACAUUCAGAUAAUAUGUCACAUUCUGUGAAAUACAAAAUCUGUACUGGUAUCUCAAAACUUUAAACCGUGAUAACAUGGAGCUAGCGUUCAGGUGACUGUAAAAUUUGUCUCGUGUCCUUUUCAGUCGUUGUUUCUCGUAUCUCUCCUGGAGCAGUUUCGGUUGAAGGACCUUUCUGUUGCUUGUUAAGAACAUAUAAUGGGAAAAGUCAUGAGCAAUAACUGGCAAAUAUGUUAUGAAAGUUCUCAUUAAAAUAUUGGUUAUUAAUUGACAGAACAUCAUCAUAAACAUAUAUUGAACUGAAAUUGAAAACGUUUGAAAAAAAACGAAAAAUGUAUUAUAUUUUUUCUUUGUCUCAAACUCAAGAAAUAUCUUGUCGAUUUUAAAGAUAUGGGAAAGAUAUUACAUGGGUUUGUGUUGAAUCACAAAGCAAAAAUAUCAGUUUUAUAUAAAAAGCAGAAUUUAUUUCUUUACAUAAAUUAUAUAAAUAUAACCAGGAUAU